CGGGAACUCUAUGGUAGGCCUUUCUAGGCGAGGCCUCGGCAGGGACUCUAUGGUCGCAGCCCGCCCGUCCCGCGCGGCCCCGCCGGGUUUGCGAUGCCGCCGCUUUCCUGAGGCGGAGACGGCGGCUCCCACCACACGCGGCCACCGGCGGGGCCCCGCGGGCCUCUGAGCCGAUUAUGGAAGAGGUGCACAAGAGCGGCAGCAACAGUUCCGGGGCGCCUUCCCAAACAGCCGCCGUACAAGGUACAACACUACAGGCAGCUCAGCUCUCUCAUAUUGCUCAACAGAUGUCUCUGAGAGGUCCUGCUCCCCUGACAGUCGUUCAGCUUCCUGGAGAACAAGUCCAGGUCCAGGGAGUCAUCCAGACAGCUCAGUCUUCUUCUGUCAUCCACUCACCCCAGGUGCAAACAGUGCAGGUAUCUUUGUCUGAGAGCGAAGAUUCUCAGGAUUCAUCAGAUAGCAUCGGCUCCUCGCAGAAAGCUCGAGGCAUCCUCGCUCGCCGUCCCUCUUACCGAAAAAUUUUGAAAGACCUUUCUUCUGAUGACACGCGCGAUCGGAAAGGAGAUGAGGAGAGUCCGGGGGUCUCCACUGUUACAUCAAUGUCCGUUCCCACCCCGAUCUACCAGACGAGCACGGGACAGUACAUUGCCAUUGCUGCGAAUGGCUUGCAGCUGGCCAGCCCAGGCUCCGACGGCGUGCAAGGGCUGCAGACGCUAACGAUGACGAACGCCAGUGGCACUCAGCCUGGGACGACAAUCCUGCAGUACGCACAGACCUCGGACGGCCAGCAGAUCCUGGUCCCCAGCAACCAGGUGGUGGUGCAGACUGCAUCAGGAGACAUGCAGACCUACCAGAUCCGCACCACCCCAACGACCACGUCCCUGCCCCAGACCGUGGUGAUGACGUCUCCCGUCACUCUGACGUCACAGACAAGCAAGACCGAUGAUCCACAGUUGAAACGAGAAAUAAGGCUGAUGAAGAACAGGGAAGCUGCUCGAGAGUGCCGUAGGAAGAAGAAGGAGUAUGUGAAAUGCCUGGAAAAUCGAGUUGCAGUCCUGGAAAAUCAGAACAAAACUCUAAUUGAAGAGCUAAAAACUUUGAAAGAUCUUUACUGUCAUAAAAGCGUGUAAGAGGAGGAGGUAAAACUUGUGUGGACUGAAAUUUCGGAGGAGAAAUUUUUUUUAUACUGAAUUUUUUAAACUAGAUGAAAGGUCAAAAAUGAAACUUUUCUACCUAGAUUUCACAACGUAAAGAUUUGUCUAGAUUUUAUUUACAACGUGUUGGUGACAAAGUACAAACGAGAAAACCUCACCACAAUUCCUGCUGGCACAACUGGAAACUGCAUAAAGCAGCGAUUGCGCCUCCAGGCGGACGAGAGCCGUGUUCGCCGAGGCAGGCGAGAAUUGCUUUGAGAAUUUCUACAGGUGCUUCUGGUGACGGAGGCAGCAUUGGGUUGAAAUGUGGACAGAAUGGAAUCAUCACCAUAGUUGACAUUAUUAGUAACGUUUAUAACCAUAUAUGUUUUGCUUUCUUACUCUUUUUCAAUCCUUUCUUUUUCUUUCAGUUACUUGUCUGUAAAUAUUCUUCUUUUAACCUGUUAGUCGCUCUUUACAGGUGUGGGUGAUGAGAGCUGAUACUUUGCUAGAAGUAUAAAUUAUGUUUACUCUUUCUCAGCUGGCAGGUUAAAAAGUUGGGGUUGUUUUCAAUGUUUGCUGUGUUUAUAUCUGAUUUGGAGAGGAUCUGCAGGAAGCGGUGAGAGGCUUGGGAAAGAGGGUGUUGAUUUCUCUUCAGAGAAUCCAACGUGUCCCGUUAUUUCCAAAGAGGGCGCGGUAGGAUGAGGGCAGGUGGCCAGAAGGUUCUGCAGAGUGAUCUCAUGGUUGUUUGUUCUUAGUUUCUGGGCAUGAUAACCAUCUAUAAUUGAAAAUAAAUCGUGUGCUGAUUAUCUGUACAAUUAAACGCUUCUUCUGUCGGGA